UUAAUAAAGAAAGGAGGACUCUAUCGAGACGAGGUUUUAUAAGAUCCAAACCAGCUCGACUGAUUUGAGCUGAGAUUAUGGAGAGGUUACAGCGAAUCUUCGGCGCCGGUGGCGGUCUGGGUCACGCAUCGCCUGAUUCUCCGACUCUCGAUACGUCGGAGCAAGUUUACAUCUCUUCUCUCGCCCUCCUCAAGAUGCUCAAGCACGGAAGAGCUGGAGUUCCUAUGGAAGUGAUGGGAUUGAUGCUUGGAGAGUUCGUGGAUGAGUACACUGUACGUGUUGUGGAUGUUUUCGCUAUGCCUCAGAGUGGUACUGGUGUUAGCGUUGAAGCUGUUGAUCAUGUCUUCCAGACUAAUAUGCUCGACAUGCUUAAACAGACGGGAAGACCUGAAAUGGUGGUUGGUUGGUAUCAUUCACAUCCUGGGUUUGGAUGCUGGCUUUCUGGUGUUGAUAUUAAUACUCAGCAGAGUUUUGAAGCUUUGAACCAGCGAGCUGUGGCAGUGGUUGUUGAUCCAAUUCAAAGUGUGAAGGGGAAAGUGGUGAUUGAUGCGUUCCGCUCGAUUAACCCGCAGACCAUUAUGCUUGGGCAAGAGCCUCGUCAAACAACGUCUAACCUCGGGCAUCUGAACAAACCAUCGAUCCAGGCUUUGAUUCAUGGAUUGAACAGACAUUACUACUCAAUAGCCAUCAACUAUAGGAAGAACGAGCUCGAGGAGAAGAUGUUGCUAAACCUCCAUAAAAAGAAAUGGACAGAUGGUCUGACGCUAAGACGAUUUGACACCCACUCCAAGACAAACGAACAGACGGUCCAGGAAAUGUUGAGCUUGGCUGCCAAGUAUAACAAGGCGGUACAAGAGGAAGACGAGUUGUCACCGGAGAAACUGGCGAUCGUGAAUGUGGGAAGACAAGACGCAAAGAAGCAUCUGGAAGAACACGUUUCCAACUUGAUGUCAUCCAACAUUGUUCAGACACUAGGCACCAUGCUUGACACUGUUGUCUUCUAGAGAACUUCUUUGCUUUACCAGCCAGGAGUACUCUGCUUCAGUCAGUUUGGCUGGAAAGUUGAGCUUCCUUCUGCAUAUCUUUGAUUUCUGUUGGAUCAACUCUUUUAUAUCUCAUCUCCUAGCAAGCAUCUGAUAAGAUUGUAUUGUACUAUGUGGUUUCGUUCUUUUCAUUAAGGCCAUGGAUUGAUUUCUAUAAAUUCUUGCAUUUAUUCAAAAAAUUUCUCUCA